AUGCAUUCAAUACUCCAACCGCGAGGAAUCUAUUCGGCGGUUCCUCCAGAUGCCCGCACAAGACUUCAAGAUAAUCCUACGCUUCUAGUGAGCUGGUGGGCGACGGGCGUUUCGCUCGCCAUCAUCGUCACCCGAGUGUGUGGCCGGUAUGUUCGUAUUGAGCGUCUUUUCCGCGAAGACAAGAUUAUGAUGGCGAGCAUCAUUCCUUUGCUGGCGAGGAUGGCGUUUGUGCAUGUUAUUUUGAUAUGGGGCACCAACAACACAAAGGUGGAUGGUUUGACAGACGAAGAUAUUCGGCAUAGGGAGAUCGGAAGCAGGCUAGUCCUUGCGGCCCGCAUCUUCUAUGCGAUUUUUAUCUGGGCUGCUAAGCUCACCGUAUGUGAAUUUCUCAACCGAAUCGCUGGGGUCACAUGGAGAAGAUCCGUCCGAAUAUUUCUCAUCUUUGUAUACUACUUCCUAGGAUCGACCUUGCUGGCGGUAGUGAUUGCGACGCUUGCCGAAUGCCAGCCGUUCAGCCAUAACUGGCAAGUUGUACCAGACCCGGGCCCCAAGUGUCGCACAGGAUUCGCCAACGUCAUCACUAUGGGUGCCUGCGAUAUCAUCACCGAUCUACUUCUCGUCGCAUUUCCUAUUUUUAUUAUUUUAAGGACGAGAAUGUCUUUAAAACGAAAAAUUGCUCUCGUUAUCCUGUUCGCUCUAUCCCUGAUAUUGGUCGCUAUCACCAGUUACCGGGUACCGUCCGUGAUUCAGCACAAAGGCUCUCAGCAGUAUCGAUCCCUUCUGGCUUCAUUGGAGAUAUUAGCAGCUACUGCGGUCGCAAACGUUGUCGUCAUUAGCUCUUUCGUCAGAGACAAGGGCGUCAAGAAAGUUAAGUACAAGGAUAUUCUAGGCUCUGCCUCAGUCAACGAGGGUCUCGACCAUAGCUCUACUCGCCGUACAACUAUCACGCAUCACCAAUGGGGCAGCGACUCCGACCUUGCUCGCGAUCUCGGCAUUCGCCUCGACCCUGACCUCUACUCCCACGACCCUAUAGAACCGCGUCCAGCCCCUAUGGCCACUGGAGGCCUCAAUCCAAACUGGUCCUUCAGCCAACGAGCUAUUGAAUUUGACGACGACCAAUCCUCCGGAAACAGCCUCGACAUUAAAGUUAGCCCGCACGAAUACCUUCGCUCAAACAAAACAACCCAUAGCCCGCCUGAAAACUCUCCCGAUCAGCCUCCAAUUUUUGACGUCGGCGGCCUCCUUACUCAGCCCUCACCUCCGCCCACCAGCCAUAACCACAAUACUCAAAUACCCAACCGCCCUGGUGGCCAAAGCACUAAUGUUACAGCCGACCCCGUCCUUCGAGACGUAGGAGGAUUACUUGCCAACUCUGGUGACAUAUCGCCAUUGACUUCACCACCUUCCCAACACCAUACACAAUCGUCACUCAACACGCCUCGUCCAGGCGGUCUCCGACGUGGCUCUCAACAAGGUCGGCGACACUCAAGUGUCCAUUUCAGCGAUUCCAAUGACUCCCCAGUUCCGUCAUCACGAACACAAUCGGGCAUUUCCGCGACUAUAGUUGAAAAUGCGGACGAGUUCGAACUUCAGGAUGUAGGGGGCUUGCUCUCGAAGAGACAGGAUCGCGCGUGA